AUGGAGGACGAUUUGACCGACAAAUUGAAGAAAUUUCGGUUGUCUGACAAGGAAGGUAGUGGGUUGGUUGUAGAAGAUGAGGAUUUUGCGACUGGGUUGGAGGAAUGUCAGUUGAGCCUCAUAGGAAAGAUAUUUGGGGAAAAAAGGGUCAAUUUUGAUCUUGCUGAAGACAAGGACAAGAUUCUUUAUGGGAAGACUUGGUCUUUUGAUGGUCAGUAUCUCCUUCUGAAGGAAUGGAGUCCAGCAUCCCCAAACUUCACUGAGGAAGACGAAAAAAUAAAGAUUUGGGUGCAAGUGCACCAUUUGCCCCUCCACUGGAUCACUGCAGCAAUAGGGGUGAAGAUAGGGAAAAUGAUUGGGAAGGUGCUAGAUGUGAGUUUACCGGGCCUGGGAAGUCCUAAUGGAAUGCUUCUCAAGAUUAGAGUGGAAAUGAGUCUGAAAGAGGCUAUCCCCAGAGGAAUGACCCUCAAAUCCGGGCAAGAAAGUCGUUGGGUGGAUUUCAAGUACGAGAUCCUCCAACAUUUCUACUAUUACUGUUGUUAUAUUGGCCAUUUUGAUAAAAACUGUAAAGCCAACAAAGAGGAUUUAGAUGAUAAUGUGUUUAAAUUGGGUCAAUUUGGCGAAUGGUUGAAGGCCAGCUCUAAUUUUUUUAAUGAAGCUAGAAAUUAUAAGUCCUCUGAGACUGGUGGAACUAAAGAAGACUCUCAUGUGAAAGUUUCUAGUAAAGCUAUCUUAGUCUAUACCCCUAGUGAGGGAAAGGAUGAUACUUCAAUUAGAGGCACACCUUCACCUCUAUCUUUGGAUAAAGAGGUUGACAGUACUGCCAUUAGUGGAAGCUCAGAGGUUGGCAAAGAGAUGCAUAGUCAUGUAUCUCCUAUGGCCCCUGAACAUCCUCUUUAUGUUCCCCCUUCUUGGGCUCCCAAAGAACAGCUGGUUGAAGUGGCAGUUCAGCCAACAACUAUAGAGAAUAGAACUAUCCAAAAAAGAAGGAAAUUUUUGUCCAGUAAGAAAAUGAACAAAUCCGACAUUACCAGUAUCCCAGAGGAUAUGGUAGUUGAGGUUUCCAUUUCUUGUUCUCAUGUCAUAGAACCCUCCAGGGUUUCUACCAAAAGAAAUUUGGAUGAAUGCUUGUCAGAUAACUUAGAGGGUAUCAGUAGUGGAUUAAGUCAGAAAAAAGUGAAAGUGUCUAAGAACAAUUAG